AUGGCCGCUCAAUUACUGCAAUCCCGAGCAGAAAAGGUCACCGAGCUCUACGGGGACCCGCAUAACCCACAUCUAUAUCUCGAACGAGCCCGUCUCCAUGAACAACUUGGUUUCCCCGAUCUCGCAGCUGCAGACGCCUACCGUGCGCUCUCUUUGCUCGACUCAGUGAUAGAUCCCGAUGGAUGUGAAUUCCAUGCUAGACGCAAGAUUGCGACCACCGAGCAGACAAACCCUCCUUCCAAAUCCGCAGACCAAACUGCGCCUGACGCAGACGAGAACGAGGACGAGGAUGAAGAUGAAACCGACGACACAAUCCCAGUAACAGAGGAAGAAUACAAUACCCUCAUCGGAGAAGUAUAUGCCCUUCUUGUCCGCGGGCUCGUAAGCUGCGGCUGCUAUCGCGAUGCGUACGAAUUCGGGAUCCGCGGCCUAGACCUCCUUCAUGAUCUCGGGGACAAGGUCAAGGACACUACCACACCUUCCAACAUCCUAAACACCCAAAUGGACAAAAUUAAAACCAUAUAUACCACGCGCACAAAAUCAAACUCCCCAUCCAACAUCCACGACAUCGACUCCUCCAUCCUCCCCGCGCAAGGCUUCGCCCGCCGAGUCCUUUACCCAUGGAACUCCCACGAGCCCAACCGGUGCAGCCCCUCAGAGCUCUCAUUCCUAAACACCCGUCUCGCAGAGAUAGCCCCAAAAUGCGAAGUUCGAGCCGUCGCCCUCCCAGCCCUCCACGGUUCCGAGAACAAAGACGAAGUCUCCAUCCAACUAGGCCUCUUCGCAAAAGAAGACAUCGCCCCUGACGAGAUAAUUCUCCGCGAAUCAUCGCUAUUAACAGCUACAAACCGUCUGCACGAUGAUCUCUGCGACGCAUGUAAUGCACCUCUACCCGAUCUAUCGGCGCCCGAACCGCCCGUUGGAUGCUCAGGUGGCUGCGCCGAUACAAUCUUCUGUAGUCAGAAAUGUCACGAUAUAGCACAAGAUGUCUAUCAUGGUGCUAUAUGCGGAUUAGAAGAUGGACUCGAGUCAAUUGGAAAAGAUAUUCCUGAUCCGAAGGAUAAGGCGGAUUGUCUUUAUCUCCUUUUACUCGGACGGGCACUUGCCAUGUCUGCAACGCAGGAUGUUCACGCUUUAGAACUACCAGAGGUAAAAUAUAUCUGGGGCGAUUUCCACGACUAUGACGCGGAGGUUGGUGCGAACUCUGAAGUAGCCUCGUUACCAUUCUCUUUCCAGUUGAAUAUCCUGCAGCCUAUGCGAUUCUUAGAAGAGAUGGAGAUUGAUCCAUACGAGGCACUUCCGCGCUUUGACACCUGGGUAUUGAAUACGCUUUAUGCUAAGUUCAGAGGUACUGCGUCUGGACGUCUUUCGACGUGGGAUGGGGGUCCGGAAUUAUGUGCUGUGCAUCCACUUUGGUGUUUGGCGAACCACUCUUGUGAUCCUAAUGUGCGAUGGGAGUGGGCUGCAGAGAUUACAUUUAGUGCACGACACUGUGAAGAGACUGCUGUUUGGUCUAGGACGACAGCCGAUGGGAAGAUAGAGAUGAAGGAGCCUAAGGCUGGGGGUAUUGCGAAGGAUGCCGAAAUUCUGAAUCAUUACUGUGAUAUUGGAUUGCCUGUAAAGGAUCGGAGGGAGUGGGCAUGUGGUGCAUUGGGUGGAAAAUGUCGAUGUGAUAGAUGUGCGUGGGAGGCGUUGGAGGUGAAUUAA